AGGAAACAUUCAACAUCUGUAUUUAGCCAUAACACAGCGCCACGCUCCUGACAAUAUGGUGCAUGCCUACAAUGAAGAAAAAGACGACAGGGGCACUGUUUUUCUAAAGUAUCUACUGUUUUUAUACAAUUUCCUUUUUUGGAUGGGUGGUGCUGCUGGGAUUGGAAUGGGUUUAUGGACAUUGCUGGAGAAGAGUAGCUACAUAACGUUCCUUGCUAAUAGCACUCUGUCUGUGUCUGCAUAUAUCCUACUCUUUGCUGGAGGCGUUGUCAUGAUAACGGGUUUUCUUGGAUGUUGCGCAAUGAUCAGAGAGCACAAACGAUGCCUUUCAGCGUAUUUGUCAAUAAUAAUUUCCGUAUAUGCUGCUGAGCUCGCUGCAGGUGUUCUGGCUUACCUAUAUUAUGAAACAAUAAGUGAAGAACUUAAAGAGAGCCUCAAUCAGACUAUUGUAGAAGAUUAUGCAAAGCUUGGAAAAGAAUACAUUACAGAAGCUAUCGAUCAUUUGCAGGAAGACUUUAGAUGCUGUGGCAGUGAUGGCUAUGCAGACUGGAAAUACAGUUAUUAUAUCAACUCCACACAAUCCAGUGGUAGAGUGGUACCAGACAGCUGCUGCAAGACUCUCACCCUAUAUUGUGGGAAGCGGGAUCAUCCUUCUAAUAUAUUCAAAGUGGAGAAAGGAUGUAUUACCAAACUGGAAGAUUUUCUUCAGGAACAUCUUUUGCUUAUUGGGGCUAUUUCAGUGGGAAUCGCAUGCUUUCAGCUGAUUGGUGUAUUUCUAAGUGCCUGCUUCCUGUAUAUACUCUAUAAAGAAGAAAAAGAGGAUACAUUAAACAUAAUCUAAGUGAAUAUUCGCGUAACCACAUCGCAAGGAAUGCCAGAGCUGUCAUAUCAAUUUAUUAAACCGUUGUAUGCUGUGGGCUGCACGUUUUAGGACA